GCCGGUAGGGAGGUUGUAGGAAGGUGGGAGUCAGCCUCUUCUCUCAUGCAAGCAGUGAUAGGACUAGAGGGAACAGCUUCAAGUUGUACCACGGGAGAUUCAGGUUGAACAUUAGGAAAUACUGCUUCUCCAGUAGAGUGGUCAGGCUGGAAUAGGCUGCCAGGGAGGUGUUAGGGGAACAUUCAGAUGUUGUGCUGAGGAAUACGAUUUAGUGAGAACUAUAGGGUAGGUGGAUGCUUGGGCUGGAUGAUCUUGUAGGUCUUUUCCAACCUUGGUGAUUCAAUGAUUCUAUGAUUCAAGGAGAGCAGCUAAUUGCUGCACAAUGCACCUUUUCUCACCAUAAAGCUUGUAAUAUUUUUUAUUACCACGGGGUGGGGGUGAAGAUCUUAGUGAAAACCAUUCACUGCUCAGCUGUGCUCUGGCUUUUUUAAAAGGUUGUUCAAUGGACAGACCGGGUUUGUCAGCUGUUAGCAGUGCGGGAACCACCCCGGACACAAGGUUUUCAAUCACUUGCACAACCAGGGUGAACUGAGGCCACUUCUUAUAUCAUUUAACUCCUUUUACUAAUGGUUUUCACCCUUCACUGUUCAUGAUCAGCAUUUGUGGAGCUGAUGAUAUACUGAGUUGCUUUCCUGCUAGGCCUCGGAGAGCAGCAGUUUCAGUAAUGUCAAUAAGAUGCACCGAAGCAUCAAGUUAUGGCUUCUUCAAAUUUGGGUCAUAAACUCAGAGGUGCUGUAACUAUGACCGACCCUUCAAACAGCAAUGGAGAGCUUGCUAACUACACGUGAAAAGCUCUUUGCCAUUCAAUUUCUUUACUUAACUCAGCCCUGUUACUUCUUUUCCAUAAUCACCUAACAUUGGUGAUGUCACAUUCACAGUUCUAAUUUUGUUGUAAUUUCUAUAUUCUUUUUGUCCCCACUUCCAUCAUAAACUGCUAACUGACCUUUGUAAGUUUCCUUUGCUAAAAUAACGCCAUGGGACCUGCGUUCUGUCCUACAAACUUAAAUAACACAUUUGUAUAAUGGAACAGGCAUAUCAAAGCUUUACUGAUUCAUCCUAACAAUUUUAUUUCACAUAACCGUGGCAAAAGCUGAAGUACAGAGCACUUCAGCUUACUAUUGGAAUUAACAGAGAGAUUCCAGUUUAGCUCUGUUUUAAUUAUUGAACAGCUCUCAAAAUGAAAUCACUGACCUUUGAGAAUUCAGUGACCAAACAAGUGCUUGUCCUCAAGGCACAUAUCUGGAGCCUGCAUUCCCUUACGGGAAGCUUUUAUGUAAUACCGAAAGAUGCCCAAGAACAUUGCAAGUACAAAGUGAAUGAGCCAAGAUCAUUUAACCUUUCUAAAGAAUGAAAAGCUGGAUUAUACUGCUGGCUAUUGCAGUCAGCACAGAAGAAGCACAAAAGCAGGAUAUCUGUACCCAAGCAUAUCCUGGCAUUCCUGGCAAUCCUGGGCACAAUGGCAUACCUGGUCGUGACGGACGUGAUGGCUCAAAAGGCGACAAGGGAGACACAGGGGAAGCAGGACUUCCUGGCACUCCAGGGAAAGAUGGUGCAAAUGGAGAAAAAGGACAAAAAGGAGCCAAUGGAACUGUUGAAGAGAAGGGGAACAAAGGAGAUAAAGGAGAAAGAGGACGACCUGGGAAACUAGGACCAAAAGGAAUUAUAGGGUCAGUGGGUUACAAAGGUCAGAAGGGAGAGCUGGGACUGCAAGGACAAAAGGGGUUAAAAGGAGACAUUGGGCCCAUAGGUCCAAAAGGGACAAAGGGUGAAAUUGGACAUCCUGGAAUAAUUGGUUUGCCAGGGCCAGUUGGCCCCAUUGGUAAUCCAGGUCCUAAAGGUAAUACUGGAGAUCUGGGGCCACCGGGCAGUCCAGGAAUUCAGGGGGAGAGAGGCUUGAAAGGAGACAGAGGAGACAAGGGAAACACAGGUGCCACAGCAGUUUUGCCAAGGAGUGCUUUCAGUGUAGGCCUUACAGCUGCCACCAAGUUCCCUCCCCACAGUCACCCAAUCAAGUUCGACAAGGUGCUUUAUAAUGGCCUAAGUGACUAUAACCCAGUUACCGGCAAAUUCACCUGCAAAUUCUCUGGUGUUUACUAUUUCACCUACCAUAUCACUGUCUACUCGAGGAAUGUCCGAGUAGCUCUAGUCAAAAAUGGGAUCAAGGUGUUGCACACCAUGGAUGGAUACCAGGGUGCUGAGGACCAGGCGUCGGGAGCUGCCAUCCUUCAGCUACGGGCAGGAGAUGAGGUGUGGCUGCAGGCUCACCGAGGAGAGAGCUUCAACGGGCUGUUUGCAGAUGCUGAUGAUGAUACCACCUUCACAGGGUUCCUCCUGUUCAGCACCUCUGAGAUGCCGGAACUCACAGCAUGAAGCCACGCUGUUAAUCUGUGACUUGAGUGAAUUGUUGUCUGAUUUCUGCUCACCCAAAUCUUACUGUUCAAAGCGGUGGAGGUUCUUUAUGAAACUCAGAAUCAUAGAGUGGCCUGGGUUGUAAAUGACUACAGUGAUCAUUUAUUUCCAACCCCCCUGCUAUAUGCAGGGUUGUCAACCACCAGACCGGGCUGCCCAGAGCCACAUCCAGCCUGCAAGCAAACUCGAUGCUGGUUUACUUAGUACUUUUCCUUGCUUUUCUUUUUUUCUUUUUUUUUUUUUAGAGAUUAAUCCUUAUUUUAUUUCCUGUCUCAUGUUUUGUUUGUUCCAUCCAUUAAUGCCAUAUGCCUGUGUCCCUCAGUACACCCCAAUAAAGUUUCCGCUGGCCAAUUCCAUCUGAAUAUAGCAGAA